AAAAGGUCCGAGCUGCUGCAAAUGGAAGCUGAAGAAGAAUUUAAGGAGUUUACCGGCGGACACACACCGAGAGACAGACGCCCCCCCUGACAGACAUGAACCCUCUGAGCAUCGUCGCCCUGCUGCACUGCUUCCUGUUCGCAGGUUUGGUCCAAUCGGCUCCCGUCAGCUCGUCCGACCCUCCGCCGGCGCUCAGAGAGGCGGCCGAGCGAGCGAAGACUCUGGUGGAGAAAAUCCUGAGAGACAUCCCCACCGUGUACACCGCCACCAUAACCACCCAGGGUUUGACCCUCGACCCCUCCAGCCAGACAACAAACCUGCAGAUGAUGGUGACAUCGCUGGGCAUCCCCGCCGCCCCCGUCAUCAAACCGCCAUCAGAGCGCUUCACUCUGGACAUCUGUGUGAGUCGCAUGUUAGCCGGCAGCCGGCUGUACCAGGGCCUGCUGGGAGUUCUGUCUGACAAACUGAGCGGACCGAGUGGACUGAGCGACCUGCGAGCCGACCUCAGAGACCUGCUUACACACAUCAACAAGAUGAAGGAGGUGGCUCAGCUCAGGGCUGAUGUGGUGGAACAGAACCACGGUCUGGACCUGGCCUCCCGUCUCCAUGGUAACUACGACGUCCAGGUGGCGGCCCACCUGACGCUGACGCAGCUUCGCUCCUUCUGUCACGACUUGAUCCGCAGCCUGAGAGCCGUCGCUGCCUACAGGCCCCGAGCUGCGGGUGCACACUAAGCCCCGCCCACGCUGCUUUCAAGGACACAUGGGAAACAUCGGCGUGACUUGGUCCAUGACACAAACACAGCUGAUGGUCUAAAGGUCAUGACCUCACGCAGUGGCCCUGAUCACAUGUUUCUACCUGCAGUGGCUCAUGGGAGAUAUUUCAUUGAUCGUCCAUCAGCGGUCGAGUUUUUUCCUCGUGAGCUGCCGUACAUCAGCUGAGACGAGUCGCUGAGAACUCGUUCUCACAUAAUAAUCCAGAAACAUGAGACCAGUCUGACAACCGACGAUGUUUCAGCAACAUCGUGUUCUUCAGAGCUCAAAGAAGACUAAAUAUUCUUCUUCUGCAAAAUAAUCUCUAUAAAGUGAAAAAUACAAGGUCUGAUUUUCUGAUUCAGAUUUUCAACAAACCCAAAUGAGCAGCAGGAACACGAGACGCUCAGGCGAUGAAGAGAAAAACAGGCUGAGCUGAGCGGAAACUCAUUUUUCAAAGUAAAGUAGAUUCCUUUAAUCUGUCAGUGCAGAACAGACGUCCAGAACUUAGAACAAUAUCAGUAACAAUAACAGGAAACGUGAUGUUCACGAUGUCUGCUGAGUGGGAGAACAGACAGAGUGAAACGUCUUCCCGCAGAGACAAUCUUUGCAUUCAUUCAUGUAUUUGUUUCGUCUGAGGGAUUUCUGACUCAGAGGUCACUGAGGCGCCUCGACACCACCUGACGCCUGAUGUUUUACUGUGCUGGUCGACUCUUCGGGCUCAGCUUCCUCUUCAUCGUCCGAUCAACCGUUUUCUUUGAGCUUCUCGUCUCAUCUGAUUGGUCGAAGUGGUGCAGAACAAUCCCAGAGUGCUUUGCCCGUGGAGCUCGUCUUAUCAGCCGGAGGGUCGAGGCAGACGACAAUGAGCAGGAAUGUGACCGACUCCAGGUGUGAGACCUGCAGGUCUGAACCUGUCCGGCAGCUGAAACCUGCUGCUGCUUUCUUCUGUCUGAGAACAGGAACUACAGAUGUCUGAGUUUGAAUUAGUCCGAAAGAAGAGUCGGAGGACGCUUUGUCGUGUUUCGAUGGUCCAAAGCGGCGCCGCGGGUGGCGACCUGCCGGUCCUUGACGUUUCUUCUUCGUCUCUCUUGGGAGCAGAGGAUCACUGUGAUCUGCACACUGAUCAUUUGAAUGGUAACGAUCAGCUGAGGGAUGUUUGUGGUUUUACAUUUAUUUUUAUUUAUAUCUUUAUUUCUUUUGUUUGAGCACUUUUCAGUUUUUAUGUAUCUGCUGUUAUUUAUGUUUUAUUUAUCACUGAUAUUUAUUGAUUAUUUAUGGUGAACGAUGUGAUUGAUCUGAACACUGCAGGGACGAGAGAGGCUCAAAACAAACACUAGAGGGAGAGAGAGAGGAAGUGAGAAGUUUCUCAAGUUGAGCAACGAGGGUGAUGAUGUCACAGCAGUGAUGAUGUCAGAGCAGGUCGACCUGAACGACUCACCUCAGAAACACGUGUGUGUGUUUGAACGUGAAGUUAUUUUAUUUGUGUGUCUGUCAUUGUGUUUCAGGACAGAUGCAUCAGGUGUGUUCAGGUGUGUUCAGGUGUGUGCAGGUGUGUUCAGGUGUGUGCAGGUGUGUUCAGGUGUGUUCAGGUGUGUGCAGGUGUGAAAAUGAAACCUCUCUUUAACUUUUUUACUUCAAAGUAAAUUUAUUUUAUUUAUUUAAGAUUUAUUUUUAUUUAUGAAAACCCAGAUGAGACAGAUGUUUGUACACCUUGGUGUCCUCAGACAGAAAUAUGUUGUGUAUUUUGUCUCUGUCAUAUGUAUUUUAUAUUUAUUGAGAUGAGAUGCUAA